AUGAAGGUCGGGAUUGUCGGUGGUGUGGCAGGCUUGUAUGCGGCGGUGCUACUAGACUCUCUUGACAUCGACUACGAUAUCCACGAAGCUUCUGACCGCAUCGGUAGGAGAGUUUUUACCUAUCGCUUUAAUCAGGAGGCAUGGGACAAGUCUACGCCCAGUGAUCCUGCGUAUUACGACUACUAUAUGAAUGACCUUGAGCGGUAUAACGAUAUUACGUUGCUGAUCCAGGACCCGGCCUCGGUAUCUGCCAGACGCCAUGACGCAGACCAGGUUAAAACAAUGACCGACGCGCUAUUGGCCGACUUUGAUGCUGGUUUCAACCUCCUGAUAGAGUAUAACUCCAUGUCACCCCGGCAGUUCCUCCUGAAGAAGGGCUUCACCAAUAACGAGAUCGACUGGAUGGAGACCGUUAACGACGCCAUAGGUUACUACGAUACCUACUCCAUGUCCCAGGCCGUCAUGGAGGAAUGGAUCUUCUAUAGCGCGGAUAUGAACAAGUGGACGCUGAUUAAUGGCGGCAUGGAUAUGCUGACCAAGGGAAUAAAUCUCAUUGUCAAGAACAAGCCUGUCCUGAACCAUAGGGGCUUGAAGAUCGUUGUCGAUGACACUGAGGAAUAUGACUAUGUAUAUGUUAUUUCGACUGUCCCCCUAGGCGCUCAGCAGAUUAUUAACAUGACGGAACUCGACUUGGGCUAUUACCAGAACACCGCCUUUUGCAUACUGAACUAUGUCUGGGGUCAGGACUCGUCUCGCCUUGGCUCAUACCUUAACCUGCAUAACCCCACCACGCAGGUCCCUUACCAGCCGGAGAGCAUCAAGACCCUGGUUAACAUAACCUUAAGAGACCUUGCAUUAGAAUUCGAAGGUUACUAUGCGUUUAACUGGUACGGUUUGGCCUACUUGAACGGUGCUUUCGCUAUGUUCUCUCCGGGCCAGUUUAGCAGCGUGAUGCCGUGGCUGAUGCGCCCUGCCGCCGAGGGGCAUAUGCAUUUUGCCGGCGAGGCGCUCAGCUCUGGCCAUGCCUGGAUCAUCGGCGCCGUUAAUAGCGCGUGGAGGACGAUCUACGAGAUCCUAUGCACCGAGGGGCUAGAGGAGAAGAAAAAGUAG